AAAGAUGCCACGAUGACGCAGUGCUCGGCCUUCUGGCUCCUCGGGAGAUACGGAAUUGCCUCUUGCAUCUCUCGGUUGACUCCAGAAUCCUCCGCUCUUCAGCCCCUGCAGGGAGACCAUGCCGAGACCCCGGAAGAGGCUGCCCGGGGCUGCUGGGCCAGAUGAGGGGCCAGCAGGAAAACGUACCCAAACUAAGAACCCAGGUGAGGCGUCAGCUAAAGUGGAGAACUCCAGCCCUCAGAAGACUUCAGCCUCUAAAAAUUGUGCAAAGAAUCUAAGCAGCUACUGGCUGAUGAAGUCAGAGCCAGAAAGCCGGCUAGCAAAAGGUGUAGACGUGAAGUUCAGCAUUGAAGAUCUCAAAGCACAGCCCAAGCAGACAGCAUGCUGGGAUGGUGUUCGCAACUACCAGGCCCGGAACUUCCUCAGAGCCAUGAAGCUGGAGGAGGAAGCCUUCUUCUACCACAGCAACUGCAAGGAGCCAGGCAUUGCAGGGCUUAUGAAGAUUGUGAAGGAGGCUUACCCAGACCAUACACAGUUUGAGAAAAACAAUCCCCAUUAUGAUCCAUCCAGCAAAGAAGACAACCCCAAAUGGUCGAUGGUGGAUGUACAAUUUGUUCGGAUGAUGAAGCGUUUCAUUUCCCUGGCUGAGCUCAAAACCCAUCACCAAGCUCACAAAGCCACUGGUGGCCCCUUAAAAAAUAUGGUUCUCUUCACUCGCCAGAGACUCUCCAUUCAGCCCGUGACCCAAGAGGAGUUUGACUUCAUUUUGAGCCUGGAGGAAGAAGAACCGAGUUAACUGAGACACUGUUGCUGGAAUGGGAAGACAUUACUCCAAAGUAGUCAAGCUUUCAUGAGACAGAAGAAGGCACGAAGAUCUUGCUUAUUAUGUUCGCCUUGGGUUGUGUACGUAGGUGGUUCUUGUGUACUUUUUUCAAUAAACAUUACUAUCAAA